AUGCAUCUCCCUCCCGGCCCCAAAGGACUCCCACUCAUGGGAAACCUCUGGGAUAUACCCACAGAGUACUCAUGGACCACUUAUGCUCGAUGGGCUGCCAUCUACGGCGACGUCUUGUGUCUGGAUACUCCCGGAAAUCCGAUGGUUGUACUGAACCUCCACUCAAGCAGCGCGUCGCUGUACAGAUUUCACCACGGUACAGUUGUAGGGAUGGGAGGAUUUCUUAGCCUUCAUGAGAUAUUCUACCUGGUGGAGAAAUCAUCGCCAAAUGUUUCACGAAGACUUCCAGCUCUGUACUGUUUCGGCGUCUUAUCCUGUCAGUUGCAUAAAUAUCCCGAUGAGUUUUGUCACCAUGUUCGCCAUCAUGCCGACUCCAUCACUAUGAAAACCAUCUACAGAUAUGGUGUGGAUCCAAAUGGCGAUCAAUCUGUGGAAUUGGUAGAUCGGGCUAUGGAAGGUCUUCGCAUCACUGUGAACGUAGGAACUGUUGGAAAUCCUCGGUGUUGCGCAGGGUAGACUCCAGGCUGGUAAGGCCAGA